GGUGGUGGCGUGUUUGAUCCUGAGUCGGGUCUGAAGAUUGCCGACUUUGCCGGCUCGAUUGGUGCCAACAAGCUUUUGAACACCAUGAGCAUGACCCAAGCAUUCCGACUUCAGCCGAUCAAGAUGUCUUCAGACCUCAUAGCGCAGCUUCAUGCGGUCGCCACGAAACUGGAGACUCUGGCAGGGAGGCUUCAGGAGCUUGUCAAAAAGGGAAAGAACAAAACGUCACACUACAAGGACAUCAUUUUGGAGGUGGACAAGGUCUCCAAGACAUGCAAAGAGCGUAUCGAGUUGGGGAAAGCCCUUGUGAGAGCCAGUGAGAAGGCAUCUGGUUCCAAGGGGUCUGCAAAAGGCAAGGCGGCGCCAAAGGCUAAGCCUAAAGACCCUUGA